AUGACGGAAGCGCAAUGCAACACGCAGUUGCCUUCAGGUCACGACGAUGAGUUUUUGUAUGCAGUUGAAGAUGAUUUUAUUUGCUUAAUUUGUCAUUUGCCGUUGAAGGAGCCAGUUCUUACAAGAUGUGGUCACAGAUUUUGCAAUGCAUGCCUCGAAGAAUAUUUGCUAAGGUACGUAUAAAUGACUGAAUUGUAAACUUGAAUGUUUAAAUUUGAAUAACUUUGAACCGAAACCUUCCACCUUUUACUCUAGCAGUGUGUUCCAGUAAACUCCUCAAUAGUCCGAACAUCUCAUUCACGAAAAUUCUUUCUUCAUCGACAUAAAAGUCGUCAUAGCUUAGUAAAUUUCUUGGUCGAAGGCAAUGUUGAUCAGUCAGGGGCAGCCAACGAGAAUAUAAUUCAAAACCAUUCAAACAUAGCAUUGUUAAUUAAACGGUAGAUAUAGGCAUAUUUUUACCCCCUAAAAAUUUUUCAUCUGUUCGGAUUUCCUAGCUGAAAGUCUAGUGAUUCGAAAAUUAUGGGGAUCAAAACUUACCUUUUUCGAAAAUUUCAGCUAGAAAAAAGGCUCCCGAGACUUGUAGGUGGCCUUUUCAGGGUAAAAAUCCAUUAAAAACGGGCAAUUAUACCAUUUUUAGAUGUUCGAAAAUCCUACGAGAGGCAGACUAGCAAGAAAUUUUGCAAAAAAGGUUCCGAAAAUUCUAGAUCUCAAAUCGUCUUCCUAACAGAUAUUUUCCGAAAAUUGUCGUUGGGAUGGUGCCCCUGAUCAGUGGUUGAUCCACUUUAGUUUUUAAAUAUAGGAAAAGGCAAGCUGAAAAAUCUUUACUGAUGCAUUCAUGCGCUAUCGUUAUUGGCGCAGUUGACAGUUAAGCUUGUUUUCUAUCAACUUUUAAAAUGACUAAAUGAUUUUGGUUUCCACUGUUUGGAGAUAAAGUAGUACGUUCGUUGUCGUCAGUUUGGUAUCACGUGAUCCAUGGUUGCUCCACAGGUACCCCAAUCUCACGAGUGAGAAUCGUUGUUGCGAAACCGAAAUAUUAUAACAGUUUAUAUGAAGAUUUAAGCGAUCGUCAUUUAGGGGUCAAAAAAUCUUAAUAAAGAUACAUCAGAAUUUCUAACCUUGUGUGCUUGUCAAGGUUUUCCAUUUUUGGCCCUUUUUAGGGCGAUUCCAGCCAGUUUUAGUUCCGCCGUUCUUCGUUGCCGACCUGUGGUUGCUCUUGCGUAACCCUGCCGUCCUUGCAGAGCAUUAAAAGGUUUUGAAGUUUUUGAAAUGUAUUACGCUUUUCCGUAGAUUGUAGGCUCGGAAAGCCUGUGCUAAAUCGUUGGAAAUCAGAGAUAAGUAGUAGAAAGAAGUAUAUAUAAUAGCGGACCUAAUUGGUGGAAGGAGUUUUACUUUAAGUUUCUGCGUCCUAUGAUGGGACAGAAACCUGUCCAUAGAUGACCUUAAAAACCAAGCUUCACAAGUGAGGGGGGAGGGGGCGGGGGCGGGGCAAGCUCAUUUUCGUGACGCCCUGAUCGACCAUUUUUGGUGUCCAUGAAUCGUGGUCAUCGUGAUGUAUCGAUAAUGUACAGAAAAAACCUCUCUUCUUCGUAGAGGCUUCCUUUGGGUAUCCCAGUAAAAGUAGCAAUAAUCGAAAAAUAGAAAGCGCGAGGGGGACGAUGGGAAGAGGGAAAAGGCGGGGACCUUUCUUCUCCCUUUCCCCUUCCCAUUGUGCCCCGCGCACUUUCUUUUUUUCUCUUUCUCCCAGCCUCUCUGCGACACAAAGAAAGCUCUGUGGAGGAGAGAGCUGAAAACUGUUCUGUGAAUCGUGAUUGAAAGGCACUCCAUAAAACCUGAACUGCCAAAAUCCUCGAUUGUUUACAGGUAAUCACCAAGUUGAAGAAAAUAAUUAAUUUGGGCAAACGCAUCUGGCGGCUUGAUUUAACUUCACUUUUCGAGUCUUUUUUUAUAACUUCACAGGGAGUGAUCAAACAACGUGAAAAAGAGUCUGGUUAAGUUGCGAUAUUUCGACUGGCCAAAUUAACUCUAUUCGCGUUGUUUGGUCAGUCCCUGCAAAAGUCUUCUUGACUGUAACGUUUUCAAUUUGAUCUAUUUUGACUGAUCACGAUCUUUUUGGAUCCGACGUUGAGCAAGUUUGAUCGUACACGGUUUUUGCAGUGGUUUUUUUUACCUUAACUAAAACAACAUAGCUUCACACUUCAGUGCGCUCAGACCUACCUGCAGCUGGCUCCCCUAGGGAUUUUAUACAGUGAUUUUCGUAAGGUUCGUUAAAUUCUAGUUAAGUUAUAUAUAAUAGAGGAACUUCGUACGACCUCAAAGUUUUGAGAAGUGUGAAAGCCUUGUUUCACGACUCGUGACACGCAAGAUUGUUGUUCGUGAAUUCGUGAUGAGUCCCUGACUUGCCCUUCCCCUCCCCCUCCCCCUCACAAGUGGCGAACCCAGGACACACCUUAUGCACAAUUUACGAUUAUAACAUAGCUAGAAAAUUCGCGUAAUCAAAUUCAAUAGCGCGAGCGUGCUUCAUAUUCCUAUUGAGCACGCUGAUGACGUCAAUAAACUAUUCGUAAUUCCUCGAGUUGUUGGGAACUUAGCAAUCCUGAGUCUCCCGAGUGCAUCCAUAACUCAGCAAUAGACAAUGAAGCAACCAUGUGUUUUAUUUAAGUUUGAAUUUGUUAACCGAUAGUAAUGAGUGUUGUUGUUGUUGUUGUCAUCUCCGAGCUGUGCGGGCUAUGGCGUGAGAUCAUUCUUUGCAAAGUUGUUUUCUCUCAAUAACAAUUUUUCGGUAAAUUAAAAGUUUUCCGGCACCUAAAUAUGGAUUUUGCAAUCAUUUUAGAGUACACUUUCUCUCAGUUUCAGGAUAAAAACAUAAGAUUAACUGUGAUUAAAAUUUGACGCGUACUUUUUGAGCGCGCCCUUCAAUAAUAAAAUUUUCAGUUAACUGCUCUUGAUUUGAUAAUGUUAUAAAACAAUUAGUUGGAGAUAUUGAGCACGUUUUACGCCUGUGCUCUCCAAACUGUGAGUUAAUUAAAUUUCAUUUUUAAGUCUUCUUGAUGCGAUUGGCGUUUUAUGUGUGAGCAUUUAAACAGGAACACUUCACUGAACCAAAGCUAUUUUAAACCAAAGUAUAAAUUAAUUUCUUUUAGACACAUUUUAUUUAAAAACCCUUUUUACUACACUUGCUGCUACCACAGAUUGCGUAUUAGGUCGUAUUGAAGGCGCUGAACCGUUUAAAACAAGAACAUAAUUUGCAUGAUUAUCUAUCCAUUUGUUUAGUGAUAUAUUUAUCCAUAAUUUUAAUUGCCUUCAAUACACUUAAAAAAAAAACAGACAAGAAGAUGAGAACCAGCCUUACACCUGCCCUGCAGAUAGGGAAGGCCUGGACCGAGACAAGGUAUAUAACUUUCAUUUACCUUCUAAACUUUUACGUGCACUGUGUUUUGGUCUUGUCUAUUUCUUAGGUAAAAUUGCGAACAAAGUCGAUCGAAACAAGCUGCCCGAGGUGAUAAAACAAGUUUUUUUUCAAGCUUGUAGAACAAGAAAAUCUUCUGACACGCAUCCAUACUUUUUUUCGUAUUCGGGAAAAUGUGAAAUUAAUUUCAGAAGUAUUUCAGCAAUUCAAAGCAAGGCCUUCUUCGAUUUUUUUAAAGUAAUAAUUAAAAUGAUAACCAUCAUCAUCAUUAUCAUGCAUCAUCAUAUUCAUAAUCGAGGUCGUUAUGGAUACAUUCUAAUUCAACCACUGGCUGUUAUGCAGUUAAGAAAUAGAAGAAAAACUGUCCUCUAAAUCACAGGGACAUCUAUGUACAGAACUUUUUUCCAACGUGUCUGUGUUAACGCGUCUUCCACAAUCUCAUAUCCCUUAAUUACAAUCUGUCAAGAAACAAUGAUGCCGAAUGAUGGGACAUGCUUUGUCAAUCCAAUUCUAAAAGCUUUUUUUCUGCAGCGACUUGGGUAUUUGCUAAGAAGCCAAGAACUCAUUCAGGAUACAUGCUAUCACAAGUGUAGUUCGAGAGUAUAUUCCCUCUAAACCAGAAAGGACAGAAAGUGAAGGUGUCCGGACCACUAGCGGCGCACCGGUCCUUUUGAUCUUCCGUAACAGACUACGCCAACUAAGAAAUUUAUUAAUCUUAUUCUCAUUCAAUUGAUCUUGAUCAUAAGCACGUUGUGUCUUUUUUUGUUGUUAUUGCAAUGUGAUAGGAUUUAUUCCCAGACAAAGCAACAGGAAGAAAAAUUUUGUCUUUGGUUAUCAAAUGUCAAAGUGUUGGUUGUUCGUGGACUGGUGAGCUGAGGAGCAAAAAGGUAAAAAUACUAAACCAUAACUAUUUUCAAGGCGCAAUGGAUUUAGUUCGUAUCAAGCACGCAUCUUAAGCAUGAAACUUUAUCAUUCCCAAGUCGAGUGGAACCCACACCUUUUCAUCCAUGUAUAAGUCUCACGUAAAAUCAGGUACUUUUCUCAAGGCCAAUUUACUAGCAACGAUUAUCGGGCAAUUUUCUACCUAAAGAAAAACGCCUAUUAAAAUCGGCUUAACAUAGGGGCGCUUUGAAAAAUUUAGUGUUCCACAAGCCGAUUUUUGUACUCGCCAUAAUUAAUGUUUUUCUCAGAAAAUCGUAACAAAUCUGAACAAAUCUUAGAGAUUAAACUCAACCAACGCUACAAUCCCGGACAAAACUACUUGAGAAAGUUUUCCCCAUCAUGUCCACUUUCCUACGCGACAAAACUAUUUCCAAAACGACGCCUUUGCGGAAAGAAAACCCCUUCCCCCAAUUCAAUGUUGCUUCCCACAAACGCCCAGGGAUCAGGCCUUCUUUUGAAUACACAACAACAUUGCUUUCAGGGGAAGGGGGAGAGGGAAGAACCGGUACAGCUAAGAUGUUUAGAAAAAUGCUGUCCAAGUAUAUAAUUUUCUCAACAGUUUUGUCCAAGAUUGUGUACAAGCUAAGGUGAUUCGCGUUUUCUUGCAAGAAUAUUUGCAAGGACAAAACAAAAACAUGCUAAUAAAAAGCACUUUACAGAAGCUGUUUUGAGCAGAAAGUUUUACGCCAGACCAUCUUCUCAUAGAAAAGCAUGACCUCAUAUAAGUUUUUUGCAGCACCCUCUUUAAAACAGUCAGAUUUCGCAAUAGCCGUACAACGCGUGCUAAUUCCGUGGGAUGCCUGUGGCACUCACACGGUAAAAAUCCGGUGCGGUUGUACCCAAAAUUGUAAAGCCAGCCAAUAGGAUUGCCUAAAAUCUUUAUCGAUUAUCUCUUCUUCCAAUCUGACUAAUCAGAUUGUACAAAAUCUGUAUAGAUUUUUAAUCGAUUUGCUUCCUCUGAAGAACGUUGAAAUCAGAACGUUCCUUGCCAAAUUUGUCGCCCUUGCGUUUUGCCACUCGUGGCUUAGGAUGGCUUGAUAACCAGCGAAAUCCUCCGGGAUACUGGUAAGUCACGAAAGGCGACCUAAGCCAAAUUAUUUCUUCCCUUCAUGAUUCUUUUUUGUUUAGGCCUAGCUUUUUCAUAAGGUUUUAGUAGCGUCUGGUUGCGGGCCAUGAUUUCCGAUAGAUUUUUCUAUUCGGAGUUCGCCAGUUUUUGCCGAGCACAGCUAGAGUUCAGUUUUUUUCUUUUCUCAUCGAAAACACCUUGACGAUGGGAGGUUAAAUCGCGUAAAUUUCAACUCGUACCCUUGACGAUUGGCGGUGAAAUCGCGAAAAUAUUGUCUUCUUCGAUCGACGACUCGCUUUCGUCAUGGAUUGGACUUCUGGAUGGGACACGGAUCAGGACCUUAAAAAACUUAUUAUACCUUGGAAUCAGGGAUAAUCAUUGGAACUACGUUAACUUUGAGACCUUGGAAACACAUUGCAAUUAAUUUUUAACCGUAUCAAGAGCAUCUUGGAAUAUUAAACUUUCAUCUUGCAUUGAAACAUUGGAACUUUAUCGAACUUUGUAACCCUGGGUUCCACCCUGGAUAAAGGAAGCGGAUGUUUUGUUUUGUUUUGUUCCAUUAACCUAAAACUACAAUGUUUAUUUCUCUUUGAAAAAGUUACCUGUGGCUACUUACUACCAAGAUAUGACGUAUCUUUAUACAUAUAGUUCCUGUUCAGGUUAAUCAGAGAGCAUUAUGCGCAUGUUCUCCAUUACUUGUUUCCGUUAACAUUCCAAUUUAAGUUACACGGGUAAACCUUGUUUUGAUGCAAAAUAACUUCUUUUUCUUAUCCAAAUCGUGCUAUGAAAAUAACUACAUAGCGAUAGAUCAAAACAAGAUCAACUCCAUCCUUGCGACCACUGACAACUAUAAAUUUAGCUUGCGUAGCAGGUGUCGAAAGGGGUAGGGGAUAGGGAGGAAGCAAAAAGAGGAUGUGGAUUGGGGAGAAAUAGUAGCCUGUCACGCAGGCUACUCUAAAUUCAGUCAUAAGCUCAUUAAACCAACCCAUACAGGUAACCUACUCAUCGAUGCUCAUAACAUGACACAUCUUUCCGGUUUCCCUAAUUUUUCCAAAUUCAGAUAGAACGCUAUUAUGCUUCCAUAGACCAACGCAUCCCACGGAAACGACUUUAGGCGUCUUGUUGUUACAUAUUUUCCUGUAGUUCCGGAAUGGAAGGCCGGGAAAAUGUGAAAAGUAAUUUAUCUUUUUCAGAAGAGUCUGCACAAGACUUGUAUGACGGUUCUCUUCGAAGAAAAGGAGUUCGUAGUGUUUAUUUAGGGACAUAAUAGUCAAGUGAGUCAAUCCGAUAUGGAACCGUUUCCCGUCACGUGGAAAUUGCUUCUCAGAGCUUAUAAUUGGUUAAACAAUGGAGGUUACAGAAACUUUGUUUAUUAAAAGUCGGUUAACUUUUUAGGAUAAUUCCAUGGAUAGAAUAAUAUUACGAUUAACAAAGCAUUGAAACGGUUAACACCAUUUCGUUCUCAAUAGAGAAUGACCUUCUGAUUCUUUUUAAACUUCCCUGUUAAUCGUUGUUAACCGUUGCUAAUCUUCGCAGCCGCUCAAAAAUGUCCUGUUAAUCGUUCCGACUUGCAGAUAUUGUGGAGAGCAAAAGAUUAGAAGUCAAUUUUGGCAACUUUUAUCAUGCCUUGGUUUACAAAUCAUCAAUUUAGGUCAUAAUUUUUCCAGUCAUAUGUAACCCGAAGACAACACGUGCACUUUUACAGGUCACGCGAUAGUACAUUUUGUCACGUUAUCGCGCGUGACAUUUCUAGAUUUCAUAGUGUUUCUCUGGACUGGACAUCGCUACAAUUUCAAAAGUAAGCAUUGAAAUGUGAAAAGUAAAAAUGCAGCUUUUGUAAUAUUUAAUCCUCCCUCCAUUUGAUGCUUUUAUUCUUUGCAAGUGCUUUCCCAUUGACUAUUUCGGCGAGGGGACAAUCAGUUCAAAGUUGUCGGGUCACGCACUCUGAAAAUUCAGCGAAAGUUUCAUGUGUUAUUUGUUGAUCGAAUCGUAGUGGGUGAAAUUCCCGUUUUCUGGCUAAUCUGCUUGACGGACACGUCCUUUUCGUCCUCGAAAAGCGCAAUGUAUGCCCUCUGCUCUUCAGUCAAAGGGCGCGUAAAAACCAUGCAUGGAAAACGAAUUUCACAAACGUUUUUGACUGACCACUCCAAUCAAGUAAGACAUACCAAUUGAUUUUCUUGUCAUAAACGCCUCUGUUUUCACUCAUUUUGCAUUAAUUAUCUACUUUUCUUUGAAAUGUACUACAUUUAUUAAGAACAGGCUUAUUUGGCUGCGUUAAAGGCUGCAAAUCGCCUUUCCCAGUCAAAUACAGUAGCUUUAUAACUCCUGAAGUCUUCUUAUAGUACUGAUCAUGCAACAACAGCAAGAUUCUCGUAGCAGUUUUGAGGUAUUUGUAGUCAAAUACUCUUCAGAUACCUUAAUGCUCCAACCCAUAAUCCUAUUGGCAGUUUACUAGGCUUUGAAGGCAUAUGACUUCUUGAUGUUUUUUUAGUCACCCGAAAAGGGAACUGAAUUUCACUCUGGAACUGUUUUGGGGACCACCUCUUAACCAGUUCUCUGCGCAUCAUCGUAAUAACCAAGGAAAAACCAAUGACUUCCCAAUGAACAGUCUCGAAUUGCAAUUCCGGUAACAUGCAAAACCGACCGCCCUGUCGCACACGAACCCUCAAAGUGCCAAAUACGCGUUUUUUUCCGGCAAAUAAGGAAAAUCGAUAUCACUGCAUAAAAGCUCUUCUGGUUUCAAUGAAACAAGUGAAGGAGUUGAUGUAUUCUUUGCGAAUAUAGUUCCCUAUUACAUUAGCUGAGAUUUCGGAUUAGGAACAAGCAAUUUUCCCCUUCAAAAAUGAGAACCGUUUUAAUAACCUAAAAAUAGCCUAAAAACUGAGCUAGAUAUACUAGUAAACAUACCUCCUCUCUUGAUAUAACCUUGCCACACCAUUAGAAUAAUUAAAAGACCAUUCAUUAUUUGUGCCAGGGGGUGGGCUGGCAAGAAUGAGGGGUGGGCCACAUCAAAUUCAGGACAGUCCGAGGGGGGGUCAUCAAUAAAUCUGCACACAAAGAGGGGGGACUACCUGAAUUUUUAUUUUUGUUUUAUUUUCAAACAAAAGCUUUCAGAGCUCUCGGGACGAACGGUACAUGGUUUGCAAGCCUCCUAAAGGCUAACAGUUCAAUACUGGUAGUUUAAAGACUUUAAAGCUUAUAAAGGAAACAGUCACAAUUUCAACGAAAUGUCAUGUCCCAAUACUACGGCCCGAGGUCUUCCUCGUUAGUUUUGGUCCCUGAGGAGUUCCCACUGCUGCAAUGAUCAACAACAAGGUCAAGCUCGUAGUUACUAAUUCCGACAGAAUUACUAGACAAUACUUCUUCCUCUUGCCUACAGAUGUUUGUGUUGAUUUCUAAACUUGUUUGAAAGAAACGUGAGCGAUGAUUCGUUGGAUUUUACCGGCCUUUUUAUCUUGCCUUUUAGUGAAAGUUUAAAAUGAAAGAAACUCUUUUUUUACCUUUAUUUGCUGGAUUUCACCAGCACGAAAUAAAGUGUCCCAGUUAAUCUACCCGGCUGUCUGACUUACAUUUUGUAGAGGGUUGCUACUGGCUGGAAGUGAGCUUCACGGAAAUCUAUACUUUUUUUAUGUUUUAAUACCUGGUUCGUUUUUAUCAACGCUUUAUCUUGGACAAUACUCUUUACUCCGGAAUGAAAAACAAACUAUCACUUGGUUAUUCUGAUACAAAAAAAGAUUAAAAAGAACUGGAGUGUCAUCGAUCCUUGCAGCUACUUCAUUGCCCAAUUUUCAGGCAUUUUUCGCAUUCGAGCCUCUUCCAUUUCUGCACAUUCCUGAAGACUCAAGGAUGAGUUCGGCUUCUGAAUCCAAAAAGCAGUUUGUAAUAUAUAACCUGUCUAUUUGUUGUGUUCCAGCAUACCCUUAACUAGGCAUAAAUAAUGAAUGGUCCCUAACAGGGAUCCUACGGCAUUCGUAGGAGUAUUUGUUAACUUACAAAAUAAGUUCUUAUUACAUCAGCUUGCAAGCUUCCGAAGUAACACAUGGCUUAUAACUUUUGAAAACACAUUUUUUUAGAAAUUAAACAUGUCAAACUAAAGCUGGAAACUUCAGUACUCACUACUAAAGUCGGGGGUAAAGGAAAUCGCUAAAAUACACACAGCAAGCAAGAACAAACCAAGUCAAUAAGAUUAACUGCAUUAUAUUGGAAAUUCCAGUGAUUAUUUAUCUUCUUGAAUCUUUUACCUGAAUUCCCGUACAAAUCCGCAUACUCUGAGUUGCUCAUGGCCCCCUUUGUGAAUUACGGAAUAUGAUACCCCCCAACCUUUUUGGUUAGCAACAUUUGGUGCUCGAUAUUCAUUGCUUGUUCAAUUGUCCGAUUUGAUCUGAGGAGGAGAACUGCCAUAUAUGGGCUAUAUAAUUAUGUGCCGCUGUGAAGGGUAUGGUUUUCAGGCAGUUUACUCUAGGAUAGAGUAUAUAAAUCAGACAGUUUGGGUCUAGAAUAGGGUAUCAUUUUCCAGAAAACUGAUCAAUUGGUUGAAGAUUGAUUGAUUAGUUCGUUAGAGCUCAUCAUUUGUCUUUUUGUAGGGUCACUUCGAAUUCUGCAGCAAGUUUCCCGUUCCCUGCCCUAACAGCUGUGAUGAAUCAAUUACCAGAGAAAUGGUAGAUGUAACUACAUUUCAUCCUAAUAAAAGUAAUUCAUCAACGAUAAAAAAAAUAUAUUUUUUACCGAACCGAGUCUAAGUUAGAGAGAAUUUAAAACCGUACAAGAUUCAAUCAGUAAUUCGUCAACAAUAGAUCAAAGGUAGACCGUUGAGAAUGUGGAGUUUUAUAAACUAAUAAAACAGAUGUUAACUUUGUAAAACAUUCCAGUAACAUGCGUUGCAGUUCUACACAACAAUACUAGCAACCCUAAGAAAGGAAGUACGGAUGCAUAAAAUCAGCCCCGUUUUAGUUCCUGAAUUUGCCUCAUGACGUCACAUAUGAACCUUCUUGAUCAAUGGAACCGGGGUGUGCCAAAGAAAUUUAGACUUGAAAAUUUGUAAUAAACUCUCAUUUUGUUCAAAACGCAAAUCUUUUUCCAAGAAGUUCUUGUAGUAAUGUGUCUUUUCAGUUAACAAUUAAGAUAAAAUUUCUUAAAACUGGAAUAUACCUAGGUUACGAAGAUAAUUACCGUUUCGGUUGUGAGUUGACUUUCUUUAUUACUUUUUUUAGAUUCCAAAUCAUAUUAAAGACCACUGCCCUUUGACCCCAGUUUCCUGUCCGUUUGCUCAGAUGGGAUGCAUCGAAAAGGUUUGUUCUUUCGCAGAUAAAACUGUGACUUAUCAGCAGGCUAGCUGAUAAUUUCAUCUUUCAAGCAUUUGAAAGACGAAAGAAACAUAGUUAAUUCUACCGUUCCAUCAUAUCUUCAUUUCCUUAAAUUUAGCUGUUUAUUAUUGCUAUUUUAGUGGGUAACACCUGUACAAAAUGGUAAUACUGAAUAAACUUGUUGUUGUUGUUGACUUAGCCAGAGAAUUGGAUAUAUGACGUAUCCACUUAGAGGAGUUAUUACGGACCAGUUUUUGCACUCACAACAGGUUUAUUCCAUACACUGUAAUUUCUCAGUACACAGUUAAAACACCGCGGAAGACUCAGAGAGAAAGAGAGUAAAAAAAAAAAACCUGGUUACAUUUUCUGCUUAUCUUGGUGGUCCCUAGUUUAAUGCCGCGUGGUCGUUUAUAUACCUAAAAAAUGUCCUCGUGGGAGUUAAUUGGCACUUCGUAAUAAUACCGCUAUUUUAACAUGUCUACGCAGUAACGCUCUAGCUUUGGGCGGAAUGCAAAACAUUUGGCAAUUGCAAACAUACUCACUGAUAUUGUAAAUGAGCACAGUAAGUCGAGCACCGUCCUUCUUCCUUUCCAUACCGUUUGCCUGUAGCACCACGGCACGCCUUUCAGCAACGUUUCUAUCUACCAUUUCAGAGAUUUAGGUAAACUCCUAGCCAAGAAAAACUUUUAAGGUGUAAAGAGGUAAGGCUAAAUUGGCAUUCUUUAACCUUCUUUGAUCACCCAGUUGGCUAAACAAGUCAUGGAAUCAUUUACGAUUUUUACUUCUUGGGCCAUGGUUGAUCACAUUAUUUUAUACUACUUUCCACAACAAGACUUUGCAAAAUGACUGGGUACGACUUGCAAUUGCAUCUGAGGUACAGAAGUAGAAUCUGAACAUAAAUAGAAUAUUGUUCAUGCACAAAAAUGUUUUUAAAGUACCCGUGAGUUCUACAGGCUCUUAUACACAGAGGAUGGCAAAAUAAUCUAAUUUUACAGAAAAAGGUGUCUGGCGUCAACAAGGUUGUGAAUUUCAAGGACUUUCAAGACCUAGUGAGAAAUCAAGUACUUUUCAAUGACCUAAACUGAAUUCAAGGAAUUUGCAAGGCCUUUUCAAGAUUGUACGAACCAUGUUAUAUGUCCUUUUUCUGCAGGUUCAGCGCAAAAACUUGGAUUUGCAUCUUCAAAAAGCAUUGCAAGAACAUCUUCACUUUGCUUGUGAUAAACUCAACAGUACGCAGGUUCAGUUGGGUGAAACACGAGUACAGUUGAAAGAAACACAAGCGGAAUUGAAAUUAACGAGGGAUCAAGUACGUGAAACGCAAGACAUAACAAGAAAUUUGGUGGGAAAACUAAACAUGCUUCAAAGGCAUUUUGGGCUGAAAUCGAGUACAGAUAAGGAAGAUGGCAACACCCGAUAUAUUUGGAAGAUUGACAAAUUCAGUGAUAUUCUGAGGCAAGCGAAGGCAGGAGAGAGGGAAACGAUAGAAAGUGAUCCAUUCUUCACUGAAUGUUACGGUUACAAAUUAAAAGUGUCAGUUAUUCCUCAUUUUGCCGGGUAUUUUACACAUUUGCCUAGCCGCAGGUCUCCUCAUCUCUCGGUCGCAAUUUUUUUAAUGGAAAGUGAAUAUGAUAACAUGUUACCCUGGCCUUUUAGAAAGAAAAUAACGUUCACUUUGAUUGAUCAACAUGAAGAUUUGAGACAACGAAAUAACGUUGUAGAUUAUUUAAGUUCAAAGAGACGAGGUCCUUUCAGUAACUUGUUUUUGAAAAGACCCGAGGAAGGAAAUUUAUGUAAGGGAGGAAUACCUUUAUUCAUUUCUCACAAGGUACUUCAAACAAGGCGUUACAUUGUGAAUGACACUGUGUUUCUUCAGGUGGAUGUAGAACCUGAUGAAUAG